AUGAAUACUUUAAGGUGUUUAACACAUGCACUAUCGAAGAGUGGGAAGGAAGUUCCAAUACUAUAUCAGAAGGUAAUCUUUCCAGAUUUGUUCAAAGAGGAUGCGCCAAUUGCAGAUGUCAAGAAAGUGAGCGAAAGGGAAAUUACAGGUCCGAAACUGACACCACUACAUGGAAGGGCAGAGAAAUUUUUGCAGCACGGUGUGAAUUAUGAAAAGGAACAAGUCAAGGAAUACCUUUCAAAUUUGUCAACUUUAACACUUUCCAGAAAAAAUAUCAAGAAUGACUACGAUGAAGAACGCGCAAAACAAAUGUACAUGAUCUCUAAACAAAUGAAGUCUUCGAACAAGUUUCAGAAGCUUCUUAUGGCAAAAUCCCAAGAAUUUACGAGAGAAUUGUUGACAUUACUGAUAGAUUGUACAUCAGAUGAAGAGAACCCACGGCCUGAACGUUUUACUCGUAAAUUUCUCAAGUUCAGUAAUCAGGAAGUCCCUCCUCUCCCUGACUUUUCAAAGAAUCCUCAAAUGUUCGAAAGUUAUGUUGGAAUAUUAACUCAUACAGAGUUUAAUUUUCGUUCGUCCUCAAAAUUAAAUGGUAUUGUACGUAAGAUACUGCGGCAUCUACUUCACCCAAGCAAUAAGAUCACCUUUCCAUUGCGUUCUGCGCAGGUUUAUAAUGACGCAAUAUACUUUUUUAGUGAACACUUCGAUUUUGCGUCUUGUAGAGAAAUAUUUGCACAAAUGAAAGCCGAAGGAGCUAAACCGAACACAGUCACCUUCAAUCUUCUAUUGCGGAACAUUAUCAAAAAUUCACAUAUUAGGAAAACUAAACAUCCUGAUGAAGAGAUUUUUUUUUAUCUUAGGAAUAUGCGUAAACAUGGAGUCUCUGCAGAUAUCAUAACUUGGACGACAUGCUAUAAUUUUCUUCACGAUGAGGUUUCGAAACAAUUGUUUAUUGUACAGAUGGGUGAGCGUUUGGGAAAUUUUAACGUAGACUUCGUAUACACUGUACUAAAAAAUGGCGAUUAUAAAGCCGAGGACUGUUUGAAAGUCCUAGCAAUGAAUUCAUUGGCAAUCUCCCGGAAGAUUUUCUAUUUAUGUAUAGAAAGAUUAUUGAAGGAGGAACAGCUUAAAGCUGCUUCUAAGCUACUCAAUUAUGGUUUCCAACACUUGGGAAGUAAUUUUAAAUUGGACUCGGAGGCAAUGAACCAUUUUAUGCGCAUUUUUGCUGAGAAGGGAAGGAGUGACUUGGCAUUCCUUUGCUAUAAUACCUGCCGUAAGAUUUAUACAAUCAAACCAGACUCUCAAACAUUUGAAAUGUUGUUCAAAGCUUUGGUGAGAAAUGGUAACACCAAAAACUUUGGGACGGUUCUUCAGUAUAUCAAAAACUUAAAGGCUGCUGAAGGAUUUGGAUUGCGUAAAACUUAUUGGAGUGUUAAGGCGGAGUCAAUGCUUAAGUUCAGCAGCACCACUGUAGCUUCGGAGAAGUCACUUGAAAAGGCAAGCAAAUUGCUGGACACUCUAGUUGCUUCUACGAAUGGGUUUUCCUGGAAAGUUUGGAAAGAAAGCGAUUCUGCACAAAAAAAGAUAUUUCGAUUUUUAGGUUGUAUUCCCAUAACUUUACGUCCUAUGAGUACAAAACAGUGUCAUCAAAAGUCUGUGGGCCUACCUUCAGCGCUUUCUCAAAAAAAAACGGAAUACCGGCGUAGGAUUAAAGCAAUAGCUACCAAGGCUGCAUUUGAAAAGAAAAUGGCAUACAUCGAAGAUGGUGAUGUAGCUUUCAAGAAAGAACUACUGGAAAGAACAAUAACCAAGUAG